AAAUGCAUGGGGAGACCAAUCCCACCACUCAUCCAUCUACACUAUAUAUAUAUAUGUCUACCCUAAUUGGUGCUUGCAAGUACUAAUAAUUCCACACAUUUUCUCAUUUCUAAAUUACCAAUAAAUUUAAUUUCCUUAACAUCACUCCUUUUACUACAAUUAAUUUGGAUGGCCAAGAUUGCGUUGGGCAGCCUCCGGGAGGCCUUCCUGCCGGACUGCCUCCAAGCCCUUGUUGUCGAGUUCAUCUCCACCUUCCUUUUCGUCUUCGCCGGUGUUGGCGCCGCCAUGGCCUCGGACAAGCUGAAUGGAAAUGCAUUGGUGGGGCUGUUCUUUGUGGCCAUGGCACAUGCGUUGGUGGUGGCGGUGAUGAUCUCCGCCGGCUUCCGUAUCUCCGGCGGCCACCUCAAUCCCGCUGUCACCAUCGGCCUUUGUGCCGGUGGUCACAUCACGGUGAUCAGGUCAAUACUCUAUUGGAUUGAUCAGUUGCUUGCUUCUGUGGCCGCAUGUGCUCUGCUCAGCUAUGUCACCGGAGGUUUGACUACACCAAUACAUUCACUGGCAAGUACAGUGGGAUACGCACAAGGAGUAAUAAUGGAGAUUGUGUUGACAUUUUCACUGCUCUUCACUGUCUAUGCGACAAUAGUGGACCCCAAGAAGGGCAACCUUGAUGGGCUGGGCCCACUCCUAACUGGGCUUGUUGUUGGGGCAAAUAUCAUGGCAGGUGGCCCAUUUUCUGGAGCGUCGAUGAAUCCAGCAAGGUCUUUUGGGCCGGCUCUGGUGAGCAGAGAUUGGACCGAUCAUUGGGUUUAUUGGGUUGGGCCGCUGAUUGGGGGUGGGGUAGCUGGGUUCAUAUACGAGAACUUCUUUAUUGUUAGGUCCCACGUUCCAUUGUCUGGAGAUGAAUCUUUUUAGUGGACUAGCUAUUGUAGUGUGUUUCUUGUGAGCAUAUAAUAAACCAUCUUUCACGUUUUUAAAUA